ACCCAGAUUUUUUUUGGUGGGCCAGUUUGGCCUUUAUUAAAAAUUAAAGUCUAAUUCUCUCUUUUUACUUUGUCCCACAUUGGAUGUUUAGAAAACCUACCUCCCUUCCCUUCUUCUAUAUAAGAAACUCCAUCCUUUCUCUUUAUUCUCAUCAAGUCAAAGUAUUUCUUUGCGUGUGACGAGUUGUUGUUGAAUUAUUCGACGACCAGUCACUAGUGAAUUUUCCGGUGGGAUUUCCGGGUGAGCUUCCGGCGAGAUUUCUGGACGAGCUUCCGGUGAGAUUUCUAGACGAGCUUCCGGCGGGUUUUCUAGUAAGUUUGUUGCCUCCUUAUUUCUAGUUAUAGGAAUAUUUUAAGAAAGUUUCUAAUUUAGGAAAUAAGUUAUAUUAGGAAAGUUUCUAUUUUAGGAAAGUUGCCAUUUUAGGAAAGUUGCUAUUUUAGGAAAGUUUCUAUUUUAGGAGAGGUUUCAUUUUAGGAAAGUUUCCAUUUUAGGAAACUUAUUUCCAGAGAAGCUGAGCUUAAGUCGUUGAUUCUCGUGUUGCAGUUGACCUCAGCUGACCGCAUCUUCCGUUGUUCAUUUCAGCCUGUGGCUAAGAUGCCGCCGCGUAAGAGAGUUGUUCGCACUCAGUCCGCUAGUGCUUCACGAGAGGGUGGAGAUGAGAAUGUGCCGCCACCGGUUCCACCGAUUGAUCAGGAUGCCCUUAGGCAGAUGGUGCAGGAUGCUGCCAGACAGGCUGCACAUGAGGCAGUUCAGCAAGCUGUCCAGGAGGCUGCUAGAGUAGCUGCACAGGAAGUGGUUAGGCAGAUGGCUGAGGCUCAGCAGGUUCCGCCAGUUCAGGUUCAGGGGCAUCAGCAGCCCCCUAUUCAGCCGGUUUCACCAGUUCAGGUUCAGGGGCAGCAGCAGCCCCCUAUUCAGCAGGUUCCUGAGGUUGAUGAGACGCUUAUGCAGGUGAUGAAACAGAUGAAAACUGUGGAUUUGGAGACUUUUGGGGGAACAGUAGACCCUUUUCAGGCUUAUAAUUGGAAGCAUAGAUUAGCUACGUGUCUGCAGACUAUCAAUUGUCCGUUGCGCCUUUGCCUUAAUAUCGCAGAGUUGUAUCUGCGUGGGGAUGCAUUAGUAUGGUGGGAUGGAGUGCAAUCGAUGCGUGAUGGCGAUAUGACUUAUGAGGAUUUCCUCAUUGCGUUCGACAAAAAGUAUUUUCCUAGAGAAGCAUUGCACCAGAAGAAGAAUGCUUUUGAGCAUCUGAGGCAGGGUACUAGGAGUGUCAGAGAGUAUGAGCGGGAGUUUUGCCAACUCCGCUUGUUUGCUGGUAAUAAUUUUGAUGCGGAGGACUUGAUCAGGAGAUUCUUAGAUGGGAUGCGAGUUGAUCUUCGCGGCAGGUGCAGUAUGGUUACUUACACAAGCUUGGAGGAUCUGGUAGAGAAGGCUGCUGUGCAGGAGGCAUGUAUUGCAGAGGAGCAGAAGUACUCUAAGGCCCAACCUAAGACUGAAAGAACUUCAGGGUCACCGAACAUGGCAGGGGAUCAGUCAGGAACACCCAGUUGUGAGCGCUGCCAUCGCUACCAUUUUGGAGAUUGCGUCAUGUGUUUUGCAUGUGGGCGGUUAGGCCAUGUGGCCAAGUAUUGUCGAUUUACAAAAGUGGAUGGUACUGGUACCGGACAGGUUACAGCACCAACGACACUAGCAGCGGCUUCAAAGAAGUGUUAUGGCUGUGGCCAGCCUGGUCACAUUUUCAGGGAUUGCCCGAGGGGGGGACGUGUAGAGAAUCCAUCACCAGCUAAGCGCCAGGCUAUCGCACCACGAGUAGCAAGAGGCAACGAGAGAGUUGAGCCGGCUGAUGGUAUGUAUCUUUUCACUUUGGUAGUUUACGUUUGUGCAUGUUGUCUUUUGCGGUUAUCAUUUGUUUAAAAAAAGAAGAAGUUGUGCUUAAGAUCAGUAGCGGCUGAGUAUGAGAGAUUUCACCUUAUUUGAUAUGGGAGGACCACAUAGUUUGGAGUAUCUACAGCGAACAAACGUCUUUAUAACAAAAGUAACUCAUGCUGAAGACAUCUUAUUCCUUUUCUCGACUCAGGAUUUGAAUUCGGGGACGAAUUCCUUCUUAGUGGGGAAGAAUUGUAACGACCC